AUGACCAUGAACCCCUACCUCAGCUGGGCUAUCCUGCUCGUGGUGGCUGGUGGCCUUGGUUGGUACUACACCAAUGGCACAAGCCCCAAGGCCAAAACCCCCGUCCGAUCCGUGGUGGAGAAGCCCGAGCCCACGGUGGCGCCCAAGAAACCGAAGCGCAAGACAAAGCAAACUCCUGAGCCGGCCAAGCAGCCGGAAAUGAAGACCGUCGUGUCGCCCCCGACGACAGAGGACGAGAAGCCGGACGAGGAGAUCGACCGCAAAGAGAUGGCGAGACGCCUGGCUGGCAUCAAGAGCGGCGUCCCUGCCCAGCCCGCUUCUACGAAGAGCCAGAAGAAGAACAAGAAGAAGGCUCAGCUGGAACGGGCCGAUUCUUAUGUCUCCACGCGCGCCUCGUCGACUACCGGCGCUGAGGCCGAUGAUGAUCUGUCUCCUGCCGCGUCUCCUCAGGUGAACGCCACCGUGCCCUCGGCCGGGUACGUGUCCGACAUGCUGGAGGCGCCCGCUCCCGCCGCGUCGGUGCUCCGCGUCACUGGCAAUGUCGAGAACGAGCCUAAGAAGCAGAAGCCGCAGUCGUUCAAGCAGGUGGAGACCAAGAAGCAGCGCCAGCAGCGUCUCAAGAACGAGGCCCGCAAGGAGCAAGUUCAAGAGGCGGAGGUGCAGCGCCGGAAGCUGCUCGAAAAGCAGCUGCACAGUGCUCGCGACUCCGAGCGCCGUGAGGCUGCCCGAUCCACCCCUGUCGGCAACGCGUGGAAGGCCAAGGAUGUGACCAACGUGGUCAACGGCGACUCUCGCCCUGCUCCUGCCGCUCCCGCCGCCCCCGUGGAGCUCUUGGACACCUUUGAGCGCGCGCCGGCCGCGCCGGCCCAGAAGAAGUGGGCGCAGAACCUCCCUUCGGAGGAGGAGCAGAUGCGGAUCCUGGGUGCCGCCAACGGUGCCGACGAGUGGACCACCGUCUCCAAGAAGGCCAAGAAGAAGAGCGGCAAGAAUGACGAGAGUGUUAGCGAGGCCAGUGCCUCGGAGAGCCAACCAGCCCCCGUGGCUCCUGUGCCCGUCGAGCCUCGUGUGACGGUCACUCCGACCUACCUUCCGGACAUCCUGCGUUCCCGCGAGAAGGGCCACCCGCUGGACUCGGACUGGGCUGCGUGA